UUGGACGCGCAUCGGAACCGGCAGAUGGGCUUCAGCGGUAGAACGGAUAGGAUGUCGAAGACGACGUCGUAGGGUAGCGGGAUGGUGCUCAUGUCGAUCGCCAUCGUUCGUGUGUGUUUAGCAAAGAUGCGUAGGGUAGCGGAAUACGUGCGUACUUAGCAAAGAUGUUGGCGUAAAGCUAUCAUGGCUUGGUCUCCACGUAGAGCAGCUAAACCGGAAUCUGAGUCCAACCUGAUUAUAUUAUUCAGAAUCUGAGUCCAACCUGAUUAUAUUAUUCAGAAUCUGAGUCUAACCUGAUUAGGAAUCCUACCCGGAAUCUGAGUCCAACCUGAUUAUUCGGAACAGGAGGAUCGGAAGAAAUUGGCAGAGGAGUACUGGUACCCUAACAAAGAGAAGGCCCAAUAUACGGAGUGGAAUCCUUGCGACUAUUUCGCUGCAAGGAUCUGGCGAACCGACGACAUCAGUAAGUAUAUAUAUACCCUCUCGUGCUCCUAACCACAUAGUACUAACGUUUGCCCCGUUCCAGUGGAUGAACUAGAUGCACCUUACCUAUGUAUGUUACCUAUGCAGCAUCUGUCCCUCCCAUGUGUUUCACCGACAAUCUUUCUAGCUUCAGUUUCCCCAGAUCUAACCUGCAGAUUGUAUCGAUAAAAAUUGCUUCAAUAAGAGGAGGUCUACGGUGGCCCAUCCAUGUCUAUGGCAUGGUCACCGCGCGCGAUGUCUUGGACCACCGUAAGCGUGUUAUUAUCUACGCCCGUGCUAGAGGUGACUGUCAGACUAUAACAGAGGAGAAUCCAUCUCUCUUACUCACAGGUCCUACGCGUGCAAUUCUGACCUGCCAAGACCCCGGGAACAUCGAGAUCGUGCUCAAAGUAAAGGGUGAAACUGAAUCUCAAGACAGGGACUUAAGUUCUCUUGUCUUGACGUUAUGUGAGAAUUGUUCUUUUCGUGGGGACUACACUACCAAGCGCAGCACACUCGAGUUAGGAUUCCACCACAUUGAGAGUGCUGUGGAGGCAACAAUCCGUGUGCGAAUCGCUGGUGGAUCGGUGUUGCCACCAGGUGGUCUUCAAGGCGUAUUCACCGCUAGUACCGCUAGCAUACAUGAUGAGGAAAUUUUGUUGCUUGCUUUCGGAGAUGGUAAACUGCCCCUCGCCGACGAUGGCACAAUCAACCUUUCACGCCGUGUUGUCUCCGUCGGAUACAGUAGACAAGAUCAAAAAGAUCAUCUCAAGGUGUCUGUCGUGGCAAAGUGUGCUGAGGAUGGACAUGAUGCUACGAGAGAUGACAUAGUUUUUACGCCGAAGAUAUAUGGUAGAAGUUGGGGUGUGUUUCAUGUUGGCGCCUGUAAGAUGCAUGUCACGGUUGCCUGGUCUGAAUUCCGUUACUAAUUUUUAAUAUAACUAGACUAAAGUACCAAGGCCGAUUCUUGUUAAAUUGCUUGGUUUGUUCUUGACGUCCCGAGUAGUUAGUUGCUAAUG